AUGAUUUUGGUGCUCUCUGGCAAUUGCAAAUUGAGCAAUGAGACCAUUGCCAGAUUGGAGGUAGCCACGCAGGCCAACAAAGGCUUGAUCCAGCUCAAAAUGGACCUCAUUGUCCACAAGAGCACAGUCAGCAAUGACCAAAUCUCUCUUGAGGACCAAGUUCAGGUCCUCGAGUCUGAAUAGAACCUGAUGACUGAGACUUGGGUAAACAAGUUGAUCCAGGCUGUCUUGGCUCAGCACAAGGCUGACCAGGAGCACCUCCAAAAGGAGGUUCAAAUCAAGUGUCAAGAGCUGGAGAAGAAGGUAGAGGUGCUUGCAUUGGAGAUCAAGCGCCUGAAGCUUGCCAGCAAGUUUCAAUGGAGCAAGUACUUUAUCUUUUGA